ACCGACAUUGCAACGAAGGCAUUUAACCAGUUAAUUUCCAUUGUCAUAAAUGCUCAAUGAGUACUUUUUUCGUCCUGAGGCUAUUAAUAAUAGCGUUAAAAGCACAGACCGUUUAUAGAAGUUAAAAAAAAGUUGUUGCCUCGGAAUGAUUGUGUACAACAGGUUUCAUGGCUAAUGUCCUUGUUGCAUACGUUGAACAAGUUUACGUUUCAUUAUUCAUCAGCGUGGCAGACAGGUCUUUCAGCCAGCAAUUUCAGCUACGAUGGAAGCAAUGGUCCGUCGCAUUGGGGCAACGAGUACAAAACUUGCCAGGGGAAAUUCCAGUCCCCUAUUGACAUAGAAGAGAAAGAUGUAACCAAUGCCACCUUUCCGCUGCUGCAAUACUCUGGACUCGAACGUUCCCAUACGGCUUUCAUGACAAACAAUGGACACACAGCGAUGAUUCAGAGCUUCGAUCCUGAUUUGCCUACGAUAUCUGGAGGACCUUUGAACGGCACCUAUGUUUUCCAACAGCUGCAUUUCCAUUGGGGCCAAAACGAUAAUCUCGGAUCCGAAGAUCUGAUUAACAAUCAAUCGUUUUCCAUGGAACUCCAUGCUGUUUUCUGGAAGAAGGAAUACGGUUCUUCGGAACAGGCUAUGAAUCAUUCGGACGGACUCACUGUCCUGGCGUACUUGUACAAGGUGUCAGAUAAACCAAAUCCAGUCUUCGACUUGAUCGCACCACAAAUACCGGAAAUAACGCCUGCUGGCAGCAAUAUAACAAUAAAGGACGGCACUGUAUUGAGCAAGUUGAUUGCACCUGAUGUCGAAUCGGCUCAAAGUUAUUUCACGUACAGAGGAUCGUUAACGACACCCCCGUGUCUUGAAAUCGUUCAGUGGAUCGACUUCAUAGAACCGCAAUAUAUAUCUCACGAACAGUUGGCCGUUUUCCGAAGCAUUCAGUCGUCUGAUGGGUCAAAUUUAACCCACAAUUUCCGUCCAGUGCAACCAUUGGACGGGAGAAUAGUUUAUCGCAACAUUGUUAACGGAACCACGGGAGCUUCCGGUUCAGUGAGCACAGUAGCACCCGAAACAACUGUACCUCCGACUGUACCUCCUGCAACAACUAAGGCACCAAAGCCUGAAACGACAACUCCUAUAACUACCACGAUUGCUCCUUUAAACCAUAAAAACGAAAGUUCUCAUUCUGGACAACAAAGCAUCUGGACCGUAUCACCUUUCAUGGUGAUACUUGGAUUAAUUUUCCUAUUACCCUAUCAAUAAUACAUUGAAAAUCGAACCAUUUUGACUGUACUUGUAAUUUAAUAUAGAUAGUAAGCAACUUGAAGUAAGUAUUUACAUAAAAUAUUUUAUGUAUUUGAUGUAAGCAGGUUUUAUUAAAUAGAUAUUUUAAUAUAAUGUAUA